AAACAGAGAGACGUGUGAAGCCAGCUGCGAUUCCCGCGACCAACCUGCCUUCUGACCGCCUCCGACCGCCGUCAAAUUCCGUCCGCCUACUUCCGACGCAGUCCGAGGAUUUUCUCUUCACCAGGUUAUUUUCUGCUGCAUUCAGGUUGUAGAGUUUAUUCUUAGUGAGAAGAAGAUGAGCCAUCCUAGUCAGGGUCAGCAAUUGCCAGAAGGAAAACAUGAAGAUGAUACUUCCCUUUCUGAAUUCCUCACAUCUCUGAUGGAUUAUACUCCUACAAUACCUGAUGAACUAGUGGAGCAUUACUUGGCUAGAAGUGGAUUUCAAUGUCCUGAUGUGCGAUUGAUUCGAUUGGUGGCUGUUGCUACACAGAAGUUUAUUGCAGAUGUUGCCACUGAUGCUCUUCAGCAAUGCAAAGCAAGAACAGCUGGAACUGUGAAAGAUAAGCGAGAUAAACAGCAAAAGGAUAAACGACUAAUAUUGACAAUGGAUGAUUUGUCUAAAGCUCUACGUGAGUAUGGUGUAAACGUCAAACAUCAAGAGUACUAUGCUGAUAGCCCAUCUGCUGGGAUAGAUCCCAUAUCACGGGAAGAAUGAUUGGGAAGCUCUAGAGAGACAAUUUGGCAUCAUAUGGUCUUGAACUAUAAUUCUGCUCUCAUUCCAAUUUCCCUACCUAAUCUCUGAAUUUUCAAGUUUUUAAACAAAUUUGCCUAUAUGUAUGUUCACGUGUGAUCAGAUUUCAGUCAAGUAUUUAUGGUCAGUAUUGUGUAUAAUUCACACUUUGCUAAAUUGUAGAUUAAUGUUAUGUUCAGCAUGUGAGUGUAAUGCAUCUGUCUCUUUGUAAUGACAUCCGAAGACAUUAAUAAUGUCUCUCUUGAAUAUUCUGCAACUGAUAAUGUAAUCCAGUCAUCAAGAUAUGAAGCAUGA